AUGAAAGAUACUGAAAUGGAAAGGUUUGCCAAUGUCAGCAGUUGUCUGGUGGUCAGAGUUCAAGAGCCAGGUGGUGUUUUUGCCUGGCUUCAAGUUCACCCAACUCUUCACUGCUCCGGUGGACCGAUUCACUUGGAGUCAUUUCCUUUCACUGUCCUGCUGCCAGGUACUUUGUUAAAAAAACAUGAUCAGAAGGACUGGGCCGUUCCCUCCUCUGUUGUGAUUGGAGCCCACCUCCUGCUUCCUGUCUGCUAUUUCCCGUCUGUAAACAGUUCUGGGAAGACAGGAUCCAGAGCAGAGUUUGCAUAA